AUGAAGGUCCUGCACAGCGUGUUAUACGCGGCGUUGCUGGCCAGCGGGGCGUUGGGCACGGAUAAGUUGACCAAGCCGGAGCAGGUCGAGAACGACAUUAAAGUCUCAGAGCUGAGAAAUGUCCUCUGGCACUUCCAGAAGAUUGCCCGCGACAACGGCGGAAACCGAGCCUAUGGCCUGCCCGGCUACAAUGCCUCCAUGGACUUUGUCCUGGAGCGCGCCGUGAAGCGCUUCGGCAAGCACAUGGACACCCACGUCCAGGAGUUCACGCACCUCUUCGAGACGACGCGGAAGAUCUCGCUCACCGGCCCUGACGGCAAGGACGCGGUCGUCGUCGCUCUCAUGUACAACACCGCCACGCCGCUGCCUGGCGGUGUCACCGCAGCCCUCAUCAACACGCCCGUAGAUGACACCCGCGGUUCCGGCUGCUUCGAGGACCAGUGGACGGGGAUCGACGCCAAGGGCAAGAUCGCGCUCAUCAAGCGAGGUGUCUGCCCCAUCGCCGACAAGCUCAAGCUUGCCAAGGCGCACGGCGCGCUGGCUGCCGUCCUGUAUAACCAGGUCUCGGGCGAGAUUUCUGGCGCGACUCUGAGCGCUGAGAACAUUGGCAAGCUUGUGCCUGUUGGAGUUACCAGCCUGGAGAAUGGUCUUGCCUGGAGCAAGCGCGUUGCUGCAGGCGAGGAGCUCAAGGUUACUCUGAUCGUUGACGCCAUCACCGAGACGAGGCCCAGCUGGAACAUCAUCUCGGAGACCAAGGAGGGCGACCCGAACAAUGUCGUCAUGCUGGGUGCCCACCUGGACGGCGUGCAGGCCGGCCCCGGUGUCAAUGACGACGGAAGCGGCUCGGCUGCGCUGCUCGAGAUUAUGGGCUCGCUCAAGAAGUAUGGAGGCUUCAAGAACAAGGUCCGCCUGGCUUGGUGGGGUGCCGAGGAGAGCGGUUUGGUCGGCUCUCUCUACUACACGUCUCAGCUCAAGGAGGAGGAGGCCGACAAGAUCAAGUUCUACUUCAACUACGACAUGAUUGGCAGCCUCGAGCCCGAGUACGCCGUCUACGCCGACAACGACGACCACAAGUACGGCGCGAAGCCUCUGUUCGACUACCUCAAGGCCAAGGGCAAGCCGGCCGAGUACGGCAAGUUUGGCACUUCGUCCGACUACGUCGGCUUCCUGAAGCUCGGCAUCCCCAGCAGCGGCCUCUUCACCGGCGCGGGUGCACCCUGGGACGUCUGCUACCACAAGGCCUGCGACGACCUCAAUAACAUCAACUGGGACGCGAUCGAGGUCAACGCCAAGGCCGCCGCGUACGUCGCCGCCAAGUUUGCGAUCAGCCUGGACGGCGUGCCUGCCAGGAACAAGACGUCUACGAACCCCAAGUCUCGACGGGAGGUGGGGAGGCGCUUUGACGAGUGGUCGUCCACGGCUAGGGUCGUCGAGAAGACGCACAACUGCGGCGACGGAAGCAGCGUGGUGUAA